AUGAUAUUUUCAAGUGAUUACCUAGUAGAAAAACUAAGAGGACAAUCAAAAGAGAUUAAAAAAAUACUUGAGAAAUCAAAUAAUGUUUUUGUAUCUGAUUUUUUAAGUAACGAUCAAUAUUAG